AUGAAUGUGGCAUCUUGGAACUGUAGGGUCCUAGGUUCUGCGGACUCCCCUAAAGCUCCAUAUGUGUCUUCUCUAGUCCGCUCUUUUGAGAUCGAAUUCAUGUUCUUAAUAGAAACUUUAGUUCCUGUAAAUGUUGCUGUAGAUAAAUUAUCUAGCUUGGCUUUUGAUGGAUUUUGCGGUUCAGAUGCUUUAGGUCUUAGCGGGGGCGAUUUCAACCAAGUAAAGUAUUUAGUUGAUAAACUAGGAGGAGCUCCAUCUAUCCUUGGUCGUUAUGAUUUUUUAAACUGGAAAAUAGCUUCUGGCUUAGUUGACAUUCCUUUCACAGGAUCCCCUUUUACUUGGACUAAUGGUCAAUUAGGAAACCCUACUUUUGAACGUCUUGAUAAAGGGUAUGCUUCUUGCUCCUGGUUAGAAUCUCAUCCAGAUGCUAUGGCUCAUACUUUAUUUCUUUAUUGGAAACAAAGAUCUAAAGUGAGAUGGGAUGAUUUUGGUGAAACUAAUUCACACCUUCUACUUUCAUCAGUUCAAGACCGACGUCGUCGAAAUAAAAUUUUUAGCCUAAAGGAUAAUCAUGGAAAUUGGAUUUCUGAUCCCAUGGGAAUUGAGAAUCUGCUGAUUCAGCACUUCUCGGAUUUAUAUAAUUGUCAGAAAAAUCCAGCCACUAAUAUUCCAGAACUUUGGGAUGAACUAGAUAUUCCUAUGUUGUCUUCUCAUCAUCAGCAGCAACUGAUGGCUCCGUUUACUGCAGCUGAAAUUAAGAAUGCAAUCUUUCAUAUAGGAAAUGAUAAAUCUCCUGGACCGAAUGGUUUUACGGCUGCUUUCUUUAAAUCUCAUUGGUCGAUUGUUGGCACCCAAGUUACCUCUACAAUCCAGUAUUUCUUUGCUCGAGGUUAUAUGCUUAAAGAUUGGAACCGUACUUUUCUGGUUCUAUUAGCAAAGGUAGACCACCCUGAUAACCCUUCUCAGUUCCGGCCGAUUGGUCUGUGUAAUGUUCUGUAUAAGUGUAUUUCUAAGUGCAUGACGGCUCAGUUACGAAAAAUUUUACCUCUCCUGAACUCGGAGUCCCAAUCUGCCUUGACAGACAACAGUCUCAUUGCUCAUGAACUGCUAUCCUAUAUGAAUUCUUCUACUUCCAAGAUAUGCUCUGCUGCCUUGAAGUUGGAUAUGAACAAGGCUUAUGAUAGAGUUAAUUGGGAGUUUCUCGGGGAUGUGCUUAAGGCUUCUAGUUUUCCUCCUUAUUGGAUCCAGCUAAUUAAGCAGUGUGUUUCUACGGCCGAGGGUAAUGGUUUAUUUCAAGGUUUGCGCAUUUCCAGGCGAGCUCCUUCGGUCUCCCAUUUAUUUUUUGCAGAUGAUGCGUUGCUUUUCUUCCGGGUAAAUCCUACUGCUUGUUCUCACCUUUUGGGUGUUAUUGACCGAUUUUGUACUAUUUCUGGUCAGAUGGUUAAUGUUCAAAAGUCCUUUGUUAAGUUUAGUUCGAAUACUCCGGAGGAUUAUCGUGAAUUUUUAAGCUCUGUCUUACAUAUGCAAGCUAAAAAUUCGCUUGGUUCUUAUUUGGGUCUCCCUGUGGAUUUAGGACGAGCUAAAUUGGUCAUCGCUUCUUUAAAUCAUGUUCUUUCGGUUUUUAAAUUACCGGCGACUAUUUCUGAUCAGAUUGACCGCCUUUUGUCUCACUUUUGGUGGAAAAACAACAACUCUACUAGGGGUAUAGCUUUGACUCCUUCUGCUUCCCUCUAUCUUCCUCGAGGGUUAGGAGGUCUGGGAGUUCGUCAUGUGCCCUCUUUCAAUUCGGCUUUACUGACUAAGAAAAUGUGGCGUUUAAUUCAUCAUCCACAGCUUUUAGUUUCAAGGAUUUACCGUGCUCGGUAUCCUCAUCUUGUAAACUACAAAGCUUCUAAUUUGCCUCCUCGUCCUUCUUGGGGAUGUCGGAGCUUGAUGGAAGGGGCUCGCGUUCUUUCUCAAGGUGUGAGAUGGAAGGUGGGCUCUGGAUCUCAGAUCAAUAUUAUUGAUGACGAUUGGGUUCCGGGGGUUUCUGUUUUUCCCCCUCCUAUUGCGGAUUCCAUCUUGGGAAUGGAAAGACCACAUGAAGAAAUGGAUGAUUUUGUGUAUUGGAAAUUUACUUGGGAUGGUUCAUUUACUACUAAAUCUGCGUACGCUCAUUGUGAGUUUACUUGCUUAGUCCGGCCUUCUCACCAUCUUGAGGUAAUUCGGACUUUGCCCUUGGAUCGAGACUUUAGUACAUGGUUUGCUGAAUCCAUUAGUGGUUUUGCGGCUGCUAAGGAUUGGAAUGGUUUAGAUGAGCUCCUAGUUUUUUUCUGGGCUAUUUGGUUAGCUAGGAAUAAUAUUAGAUUCCGUUCAGAGGUUUAUUCUCCUGCUGGGAUUUAUGCUGUGGCUGCCUCCUGGGUUUCUAGGAGUAAAGAGGCUAAAGAAUUGUCUGAUCGUUUUCAACCCUCGUGCCCUCCGGGGUUUGGUGUUUCUUCCUUGCACGACCUAAAUUUGGGUGAUCCGUCUGAUCAGUAUGACAUUUGUCUUGCUUCUGAUGGCUCUUGGAAUGCCAAGGAUCAACGUGCUGGCAUGGGUUGGUUUUUAUCCUCUGACUUAUCUUCCCCAGUUGUGGGGGGAGGAGCCCAAGCGGGUUUUGCUUCCUCGGCUCUUCAUUCUGAAUUGUUUGCCUGCCUUCUUGGUUUGCGACAUGUUCAAGAUAGAGGCAACUCCAGUGUAAGAAUUUUUACGGAUUGUUGUUCAGUCAAGAUUCUGAUUGGGGGUCAGUCUUCGGAUACUAUCUCUGUCAUUUGGAUCUUGCGGGAAAUUCGGCAGAUUGUUGCGGGUCUUCAGAGGUUUCACAUUCAAAAGGUCUCUAGAGCGAAAGUUGGUUAUGCUCAUCAUCUGACUAAUUUAGCUCGUAGUCGUCAUUUUAUUUGUUUUCGAUUUUAG